AGGGUGACAGAUACAGUCGAAGACGACGCACGUGUGUGCAGAAAAAAAAAUUGGCGCGUUUUCGUAUUUUAAAUUAAAUCCGAAUAAAUAGUAGUGUCCAAAAAUUGUGAUGCACGAUACGAUUAAAUAUGUAGCAAGAAUUACUAUAGUGACCAUAUUUUAUUAUACAGUUUUGAGUGUUUAUAAAGAGAUUAAAAAAUACUGGACUGGAACAGAGACAUCUGUUUGAAUAUCCAACAAUCAUCUUUUAUCAAUUAAAUAAAUAUAAUUUAAAAUGAAGGAGACGUUCAACUUAUCGGACAUCAGUCCCAGUGACGAGUUGGGGGUGGAACCUAGUGAAUUAUCGAAGUUCUCACCGGGUUUGCUUACCUUUGCAGCCGUGGUGACUGGGUUCAUCAUGGUCAUUGGACUUUUCGGGAAUCUCCUGACAGUGGUGGCCCUCCUUAAGUGUCCGAAAGUGAGGAAUGUAGCCGCAGCUUUUAUUAUAAGCUUGUGCAUUGCUGACUUCUUAUUCUGCGCUGUGGUGCUCCCGUUCGCCAUAUCAGGUUUCUGGACGAGGACCUGGUCCCACGGGGGUGCCCUGUGCCAAAUGGUGCCGUUCCUUCGAUACGGCAACGUAGGCGUAUCGCUGCUCAGCAUCGCCCUAAUUACACUGAACAGGUACAUCAUGAUCGCACAUCACAGUUGGUACGGGCGGGUGUACAGGCGACACAAUAUCGCCCUUAUGAUCGUGUUCUCGUGGCUGUUCUCGUAUGGAAUGCAGAUACCGACACUCAUCGGCAUUUGGGGCAAAUUUGACUACGACCCAGAGUUAGGCACAUGCUCCAUACUGCCGGAUGCUAACGGCAGAUCUUCAAAGACGGCUCUCUUCAUAAUCGCCUUCAUAGUUCCUGCUCUGCUUAUCCUCAUAUGCUAUGCAAGAAUAUUUUGGGUAGUCCAUAGCUCAGAACAACGGAUGCGCGAGCACCAAAGAUCCCAACACACUCCUGGCUCGUUAAAUAACGGCUCCGACAAACGGUCUACGAUCAAAGACAACAGGGAGACGAAGGCGAGACGCAAUGAGUGGAGGAUCACAAAAAUGGUUCUCGCCAUAUUUCUGUCAUUCCUUGUGUGCUACUUACCCAUCACCAUUGCGAAGGUCGCUGAUAGCCAUGUACAUUAUCCUGUGUUCCAUAUCGCGGGCUACCUGCUGCUAUACGCGAGCGCAUGCGUGAACCCAAUCAUCUACGUGAUAAUGAACGCGCAGUACCGCGCCGCGUACGCCGCCGCGCUGUGCUGCCCUUUGGCUCGGAUCUCGGGCCUCACCAGCGAAAUGGAACGAGCGUCACGGGUACAGUUACAGCAACACACGAACGGCGCUCAGCCAAGUGUCGCUGGGAGAAUCGAGAGUAGACCAUCGGCCCAUGGCCCCGGGCGGCCCCAGUGCGGCCAGGUAGGAGGCCCAAACGAUGUCCCAAAUCCCUACCUCAAAGAGGCGCUCAAGAAACCUGUACCGAAUUCACAGUCGAGGUUACCAAAUAAAUCGACGGACUCUUCGCUCACUCCCAAAUCAUCCAAAACUUCAUCGUCAUCUCUUCAGAUGACACAAACCGAUAGUCACUCCGCAAGAGGAAAACUCGCAGAAACAUCAAAGAACACUAAGUCAAAUUCAUCCGAAUCAACAUUUACUCAUAAACCUUCUGCCUUAAGCGCGGGAAGUAAAAAUCGAACUCGAACCAUCGAAACUAUGGGAUCGUCGAGGAGUAUAACAUAUCCCAAAUCGAGUGGAUCUAUGCAAAACGUUGCUAAAAAUACUAGUUCGUUACGUGAUACGGGGAAAACUCGUUCUCACAACAGCAUCGGUCCAAAAAUUCGGUUUAAAAUGAAUUGCGACGAGAGGAAUGACGUUAGAAAUAACAAUUGAUGUUAUGUCGCUUAUUACAAAGACGAACCAAAGAUCUUAAGUUUCCUUUGUAACCAAAUGAGUAUUUUUGAAAUAAAUAAAACUUGAUUGUGAUAUUUUAUCUUAUAGCGAAUGUCGUAAACUAGAGUGAAAUAUAUUGGAUACCUAGAUAGAUAAUUUUGAACAUUAAAGUGAUCUCAAAAAGAUUGCUAAACAGUGUAACGACAGAGUUUGGUAGCAAGAAUAAGCUAACCCUUUUGAUAAGCAAAUAGAAAUACAAACAACUUAAUUUUAAAGGUGAAGGGUAAAUGAAUAAAUCUCAGCAAUUUAUUUUUUAUGUGAAAAACAUAAGCUCACAGUCCCUAGCAACAACCCGAAUUCAAAAUAUUUAGCUAGUCGACAUAGGUAUUCCCUUUGUUAGCUAUACAAAGUCUCUGCCAACUCAAAAUCCACUUCUGAACAAUUGUAAAGUUUACGACAUAUUAUUUUAUAUUUGAAUUUUCAAUUCCAUUAGGUGUCUACUACUGUAUUUAAUCCGUCCUAAUAAUAAGCGACAGACAUUAUUAUACUAUUCGUGUUUUGGACUUUACUGAAAUAUGAACAUAAAUGUUUGUUAAUUGUCUUCCAAGGGUCUUAUUGAAAUAUUGGUUGGAGGCAUUCCACUAGUGAUAGUCUGAUGAAGAUACUGAUAUCUACUUAAGAAUUUAAUUAAAUUAUUUAUUUAAUAGAGAUACACAUUCCAAAAUAGUAUUAAGUGUAUUUGAACAAAGACCAAAGAUGUUUUUUUUAUUAUUAAUGGUAUGCAAAUUGUUUUAUACAAGCUCACAAUCAUAAUGUAUUUUAGAUGGGUCAGUGUAGGUUAUGAUUUCAAAGAUUAAGAAAUUAAUUAAUUUAUGUUUUAACUUUAUAAUUUAAUGAAUUGACGAUCUUCGAAUUGAGAAUUUCUCCAUCACUGAGGCAUUAGUAUUGCCUCUGCAAGACUAAUGCCGCACUACCUAAAAUUAUAAAACGCCAUUGACUACUUUAUAUAUGAUUAUUAUGAUUAUUGGAGAUAUCCAAAUAACACACUUAUAGUGUUAUAAAUCUUAUAAGAUUUCAGCGAUUUUGAUUUUGAACUAGUCUACCAAACACAAAAAGAUUGUUUCAAAUCAAAAUGGUAGUUUCUGUUCAAACAAAGAGCAAACUCUUUAGUUUUGUUAUUAUUUGUACAGAUAAGAUAUCAUUUUAUUUAAACUUAACGACGUUAAUAACUUAGUAAUUGAUUUUUUAUUACCGUUUUAACAAUAAUUUUAGUAGAACUUCAAUGUCUCCUUUUUUCUGCUAUAUACCUAGGUGAUUUAAGAUUGUUUAUUUCAACUACCGUCAUCGACCCAUCUUAUGUUACGAUUGGAGUAUGGAAAAGGGUGCGCAGGAUUUGACUCUCUAUAAUUUUAAAAUGUUCUUGGCUUGACGUGAACUUUUUAUGAUUGUUUCGUUAGAUUUUAGGAAAUCUUGUAUUUUUAAUAAAACUAACCUUUUAAAAUAGUGAAAAGAAAAUCACCAUGCAAAAGAAAGGUCAAUCUAUCAGUAUUGUAACCACAGAUAACUAUAAAAUAAAACAAAAGCCGAGCGAGCGAGCGUAGCGCAAAUAGGAAUGUACCUUAAAACCAAACCCGGAUGCGCAUCCUUUCCUCUACUUCGACUUUUAUUUCGAAUUAUUUAGAAUUAUGAUAGAAUUUCUGAUGAAUUGAUUAAAAUAAAUACUCAGAUUGUGCUUAUUAAUAUAUUGUAAAAAAAACUACAAAAUAUUUAAGAAAUACUAUUCAACACCAUUGAUUAUAAUGCCAUAAUUAUAAUGAUUUGUUGUAAUUUAAUAUGCAUAUAUUUAAGUGUAUUUUUACUUUAUUAUGUGAAUAACGUACCUAUAAUAUUUAUUGUUUUAAUGUUGACAGAGAAUAAAUGCGUUAACUGCGAACAUAUUUUUCUUUUUUUCGACAACAUGGAGGCAUCCACUUUGAAAAGAAAUUCUUUGAAUUCUUCACAGACGUUGAAGUUACAGAAAUAUAUGGCAUUAUUUAUUUUUCAAGCACCUGUAGUAGUUGUUGAUUUGUUCAAAACAAUAAACCAUCUUAAAUUAGUUAAAUAUAGACUUAUGAUAUUAAUGGUUUAUGGGUAUUUUAUUAUGAGUUGCACAAAUGUCCACUAAAAUUAUCAUUAGUUUAUAGCGGCGUUUAUACAAAUUUUCA